GCCGCCCCGCCCAUGGGCCGCCAGCCCCCGCAGCCGCCCGCCGGGAGGACGGCGCCGAGGGGGGGAGCCGCCUGAAGGACCGCGACGGCCGCGCCCGCAGGUCAUCUGGAUGUCAGCAUGGCAGCCACAAACCUGGAGAACCAGUUGCACAGCGCCCAGAAGAACCUCCUCUUCCUUCAGCGGGAGCAUGCCAGCACCCUUAAGGGGCUGCAUGCCGAGAUCAGGCGACUGCAGCAACACUGCACAGAUUUAACAUAUGAGCUGACACUCAAAAGUUCGGACCAGACAGGAGAUGGGGCUUCCAGAAGCAGCGAGCUGAAGAGGAAAUGCGAGGAGCUGGAGGCCCAGCUGAAGCUGCAGGAGGAGGAGAACAACGAGCUGCUCAAGCAGCUGGAGCAGAAGAACGCCAUGAUCGCCGUGCUGGAGAACACCGUCAAGGAGCGCGAGAAGAAGUACCUGGAGGAGCUGAAGGUGAAGAGCCACAAGCUGAACAUGCUGUCCAGCGAGCUCGAGCAGCGCGCCGGCACCAUCGCCUACCUGACCGCCCAGCUGCACGCCGCCAAGCGGAAGCUCCUGAGCGCCGGGGGGGCCUCGGACGGCAGCCCCUCCGGGAGCCCCGUGCUGAGCAGCUACAAGCCGGCCCCCCCCAAGGACAAGCUGCCCGAGACGCCCCGCCGCAGGAUGAAAAAGAGCCUCUCAGCCCCCCUGCACCCGGAAUUUGAGGAGGUCUACAGAUUUGGGGCCGAGAGCCGGAAACUCCUCCUGCGGGAGCCGGUGGAUGCCAUGCCUGACCCCACCCCGUUCCUGCUGGCCAGGGAGUCCGCUGAGGUCCACCUCAUCAAGGAGAGGCCUCUGGUCAUCCCCCCCAUCGCCUCCGACCGUGGUCCGAGCGAGCAGCACAGUCCGGCCCGCGAGAAGCCGCACAAGGCUCACGUGGGGGUGGCCCACCGCAUCCACCACGCCGCCGCGCCACAGGCCCAGCCCGAGGUGGAGACGCUGGCGGUCGACCAGGUGAACGGAGGGAAGGUCGUGAGGAAGCACUCAGGGACGGACAGAACUGUGUGAAGCCUGCCCCAGGCGACCCUUCACCCUCGGCUGUCGAUGCACUGUGAUCACUACAAGGAAAAACUCAUCCAUACCUUUUUUUUUUUUUUCUUAAUUCCCAUGCAUGCCAAAUUUUUUUCAGACCUGUCAACAGAUGAUUCUUCUCCUGCUCCUCUUGCCCUCUUACUGACACCAAAAUACGAUCGUGUCCCUGCUGCAGAAUACGUAUUUACUAAUCGCUGUGGCCAAACACCUGUGUGCCGAAUCGCUUGCUUCUAAUCCCACUCUGUACCUCCGCACGCUCGUGGACAGAGCACAGGCCGCAGGCUCUAUCACUACUCGACGUUAACGAAAUCGGAUAGUCACACGCCUCAUUAUACAGCCGGAGCAACACAUGCCGACCGACCUUGACCCCUCGCUCCAGUUUCCAGGGCAGCCCCUGCUCCCUCCUGGAGACCCUGUAACCUCCCGACAAGCCUUUCCCAGGGCGGCAUAGAUAGCCGAGCAGCUGUAGAUGUGUAUCUCGGGAACGAAAUAAGAUGAUGUUAUUUCUCAUACCACCACAACCUGAAUGUGUGUUCAUAUUUUUUGUUAGUUUUAUCCAAAAUGUUCAAGAUCCCAACAAACUUUAUUUUCUAAACCUG